CAGUUUCAUUGGGUUGCUCUCAUGGUGCAAAGGUUGUUGGAACAGUGUCAGUGUUGAGCUCGUCUCAUCUGCACGUCUCAGGAAGAGGGAACAAUGAACCUGUUGAUUUUACUUUGCGUUCUUUGUGUGACCUUUACAGGUUUGUGUGAAGGCGGUGGGGUGUUGGUUGACGAUCUUCUGAAUGCAACUGUAGGAGGGAAGGUGCUAUUCACCACAAAGCUGACACCACAAGAACCACCUGUGACAAUCACCGUUGUGAUCUGGAAAGUUAAUCAAAGUAAAAUAUUAAGCUUUAGCUCAGGUUCGAAUAGACCUACACCAGAGUAUGAAGACAGGAUCACCCUCUUCAUAUCUAGUGGAUCCCUGGAGCUCAGGAAUUUGGCUCUUAAAGACAGUGGAUAUUACAGUGUUGACCUUAUAACAUCUGAUGCAGAUAAAAGUGGAAGCACCAGACUGAUGAUAUAUGAGCCAGUCUCCAAUGUGAUGAUAACAACCAGCAGCCCAGACUUGGUAGAGUUCAUCAGCUCCGUCCGUCUGUCCUGCUCCUCCUCUGGAUCCUCGCUCUCCUUCCUCUGGCUGAACGGCAGCUCGGAGGUCACAGCCAGCGACAGAGUUCAGUUCACUGAUGGGGGCUCCAAACUCACUAUUUUCAAUGUGACCCGUUACGACCAGGGACCGUUCAGGUGUCGUGUGGUAAAUCCUGUCAGUAACGGCACCAGUGAUCCAGUGUUCCUCUUCCUCAGCUACGGACCAGGAAGUGUCCAAAUCACUGGUCCACUCAAACAACCUCCAAGUUGUAACGCUGGUUGCAUUGCUGGAAUAAUAAUCGCUUGCUGUCUCAUCGUUGGACUUUGUGCUGGAGGAUUGUAUUUUGUUUCUCGAAGAAGAAAACAGCGAAAACAUCUGUCUCAUGGAGACACCAGAACAGUUUCUACAGGCAGUGGAAGGCAGGACAAUGUGGCAUCGUCAAGUAAUCAGGAUGUGACCUACACAGACAUUAAUGUCUUAAAGAAAAGGGAUGGUGGGACGGUGCAGCUGGAGUUAGAGAAAAACUCUGAAUAUGCUGAGGUCAAAGUGAACAACAGACUUCCUGCAGCAUCCUCCACUGACGCCAAUGUGGAGCAAACUAACGAAGCUGCUCCACAGUCUGGUGCAAACUGUGCACGGACUGAUGUUUCUCUUCUCAUCUGCACGUCUCAGGAAGAGGGAACAAUGAACCUGUGGUUUUUACUUUGCGUUUUUUGUGCGACCUUUACAGGUUUGUGUGAAGGCUUUGGGGUGUUGGUGGACGAUCUGCUGAAUGCAACUGUAGGAGGGAAGGUGCUAUUCACAGCAAAACUGACGCCAAAAGAUCCACCUGUGACUAUCCAAACUGUGAUCUGGAACUUUGGUAUUCUUAACAUAGUAAACUUCAACGCAUUAAUGAAUGCAACGACACCAGGGUAUGUAGGCAGGAUCACCUUCUUCACAUCUAGUGGAUCCCUGGAGCUCAGGAAUUUGGCUCAAAGUGACAGUGGAGAUUACAACGUUAACAUUUUAACAUCUGACUUAAAAAAUCAACCAGGAAACACCAAACUGAUGAUAUAUGAGCCAGUCUCCAAUGUGACGAUAACAACCAGCAGCCCAGACUUGAUAGAGUUCAUCAACUCCUUCCAUCUGUCCUGCUCCUCCUCUGGAUCCUCGCUCUCCUUCCACUGGCUGAAUGGCAGCUCGGAGGUCACAGCCAGCGACAGAGUUCAGCUCACUGAUGGGGGCUCCAAACUCACUAUCUUGAAUGUGACUCGUUACGAUCAGGGAACGUACAGCUGUCUUGUGGUAAAUCCUGUCAGUAACAGCACCAGUGAUCCAGUGUUCCUCUCCGUCAGCUUUGGCCCAGAAAAAACAAGUUUAAAUCUGUCUCCAUCUCAACUUUAUCAUGAGGACGGCUCGAACGUCAGCCUGACGUGCUCAGCUGACUCCAGACCUCCUGCUCACUUUCAGUGGAUUGGAGACAAACUGUCUGUUUCUGGACCAGAGCUCAAACUGCUCAACAUUAAAAUGAACCAGACUGGGAACUACAGCUGUGAGGCCUCUAACAACAAAACUCACAGAAGUCAGACAUCUCAGCCUGUAUUCAUCUCUGUACUACGUAAGUUUGAGUCAAAUCUGGUGCAAACUGCAAAUCAAACCGACUUCAUUGAGUUCAACACUUCAGCAGUCGCUUCGUGCUCAGUCUCCUCUGGAUCCUCGCUCUCCUUCCUCUGGAUGAACGGCAGUUCCGAGGUCACGGCCAGCGACAGAGUUCAGCUCACCGACGGAAACUCCUCUCUCACUGUCGUCAACGUGAGCCGCUAUGACCCUGGACCAUUCAGGUGUCGCGUGUCCAAUCCCAUCAGUAACGGCACCAGUGAUCCAGUCAAUUUUACCAUCAUCUACGGCCCAGACAACAUGGCUCUCAUAGUGAAUGGAUCCCUUUCAGUUGGAUCCAAUCUGACCAUGCACUGCUCCGCUCAGUCCAACCCUCCAGCUCAGCUCAGCUGGACUUUCCGAGGAGAUUCUUUGAACGCGACCGGUCCACUGUUGGAGCUGUACGGCGUCACCGAGGAUCAAAGUGGUCCCUACUCCUGUGUGGCCUUUAACAAUCACACCAACAUGAACAGCAGCAUCGGCUCCCUCGUCACAAUAACAAAGUCAGGAUCUAAACCACAGGCGGUCAAUGUGUGGCUCCUCUCUCUGCUGUUAUCGGUGGGAUUCCUCUUCUCGUUGCAAGACGUUGCUGUUCCUUCAGUCCAUGGACGACUUUGAUGCAGUGAAAUAAAUUUGACAAUGCUAACUUUUAUGUAAACAAGCAAUAAAGCAUUCAGAACCA